UAUUAUGUAAAUUAGUUGUGAAUUCCAUGCUGUGGAAUCAGUGUGUGACACUUCACAUCAUUCUGCUCUGCUUGCUGCCCACCCAGCUCCAGCCCCACGCCCACCCCCCCUGCCAACACCUCCCUCUAGAGUCCCCUAAUGUACCCCAGACACUCUUUCUCAGGCUCUUCAGACCAGCCUUAGCCUGCGCUCCAGCUCAGUGUUUGUGGCUGCUGGAAGAUUUCAGCAUCAUGGCUUCGACCGGAACUUUCCGCAUGGUGUCGGAAGAAGAGCAGGCUCUGCGAUCCAAGCUGGAGCACUUGACCGUGAAAGACCAUGGGCCAGUGUUUGGGCUGUGUAAGAAGCUGCCCGAUCACACGGUACAGAAGGCAAAAGAUGAGCUGAACGAGACAGAGGAGAAAAGGGUGUCCAGUGUGAAGGAGCUGAGGUCCCUGAUCAAGGAGAAAGCUGGAGAAGGAGACAGCCUGUCUGUUGGUGUGAGGGAAACAUUUGGGGACAAACCAGACUCUCUCCUUCUGAGGUUCAUCCGUGCCCGCAAGUUUGACGUGACCAGGGCACAUGAGCUUAUGAAGGGUUAUGUCCGCUUCAGAAGGGACUACCCAGAGCUGUUUGAGAAUAUGACCCCUGAAGCAGUUCGCAGCACCAUUGAGGCUGGUUAUCCACGGAUUCUCUCCACUCGAGACAAGUAUGGCCGUGUGGUGAUACUGUUCAACAUAGAGAACUGGGAUUUGGAGGAGGUCACUUUUGAUGAAACUCUGCGUGCAUACUGUGUCAUCCUGGAGAAACUUCUGGAAAACGAAGAGACUCAGAUCAACGGUUUUGUCCUCAUUGAAAACUUUAAGGGCUUCACCAUGCAGCAUGCCUCUGGCAUCAAACACACCGAGCUGAAGAAGAUGGUAGACAUGCUGCAGGACUCUUUUCCUGCACGUUUUAAGGCGGUGCAUGUGAUCCAUCAGCCCUGGUACUUCACAACCACGUAUAAUGUGGUUAAACCCUUCAUGAAAAGCAAACUACUGGAGAGGGUUCAUGUCCAUGGUGAUGAGUUGGAAACCUACUUAAGAGACUUUGGAGCUGAAAUCCUUCCUCCAGACUUUGACGGAACGGGCCCAAACUGCGAUGGCAAAGAGACGGCAAUCAAGCUUUUUGGUUCUGAAGACACAGCUCUUUGAAAGGCUACACCAAUGCACAACAUCAGCAAUAUAUAUAUAU